CCCUGGGGUCCUCAUAGAGCCGCUCCCAGCAGCCACCGCUCUCUUCUCUCGGCUGGAAUCCAAGAUGGGUCGUGUCAGGACUAAGACAGUCAAGAAAGCCGCCCGGGUGAUCAUUGAGAAAUACUAUACCCGCCUUGGCAAUGACUUCCACACCAACAAAAGGGUCUGCGAGGAGAUUGCCAUCAUCCCCAGCAAGAAACUUCGCAACAAAAUUGCAGGGUACGUGACACACUUAAUGAAGCGUAUUCAGCGUGGGCCUGUCAGAGGCAUCUCAAUCAAACUGCAGGAAGAAGAGCGGGAGAGGAGGGAUAACUAUGUCCCAGAGGUUUCCGCUCUGGAUCAGGAGAUGAUUGAGGUGGACCCAGAUACCAAGGAGAUGCUGAAGCUGCUGGACUUUGGCAGCUUGUCCAAUCUGCAGGUCACACAGCCCUCAGUAGGAAUGGCUUUCAGGACUCCAAGGAUCUAAAAUUAUUUGUACCACAAAGCUCUACAAUUAAAAAAAGACAAAAGCA